AGCUUGUGAGCCAAGAGGCUUAUAUCAUAUCUUUGCUAGAAAUUCUCGUUCUCCACUCCUAAUACCUUAAUGAGUGUUUCUUAAACAGUCAUGAGUAGUAGUAGUACCUUUUCCUUUCUUUUCUCGGAUGUUCCAAAUUUGCAGUAAAUUAUUAUAUAACCUUCUUGUAUGAACAUAUCUCAUUUGUGUAAACAUGAGCAAUACCAUGAGGCCAAGAAUGAAAGUCAUGUUUUACUUGGUUUAUGACAGAGGUUAGAUUACUAAACCCUAGAGCUAGCUUCUACAUGCUUAAUUUUCUCUCCUAUUAGUAUAUAAUAAUUUCUGUAGUACAGUAUUAAGAAAAAAGAUGGAGUUUGACAAGUUAUGUGGGAAAUCAAAGAAAGGAUUAAUCACCAAAACAUGGAAGCGAUGCACAUCUUUUGGAAGUUUUGGUCGGAAAAAUAAUCAACAUUCACCAAGCAUCAAAAGUAAGUCAUGGACAGAAGGCCUUAGUACAGGGACAGGGAAAAAAAAUCGAGUUGUUCCCGAAGGUUGUUUUUCUGUCUAUGUAGGACAUCAGAGACAGAGAUUUGUAAUCAGAACAAAAUAUUUGAAUCAUCCACUGUUUAGGAUGUUGCUUGAAGAAGCUGAGUCAGAGUUUGGUUACAGUAGUGAAGGUCCUUUGUUUCUCCCUUGUGAUGUUGACAUAUUUGAAAAGCUUUUGAUGGAGAUGGACGACUCUGAUGAGCUUGAUCAUCGUAGCGGUUGCAGCUUUGCUGCGAAGACUCAUGACUCCUAUUAUCGCCUUCUUAGUCCUACAACAUCUGCUUUCAAUAAGUUUUCCUUCUAAUUAAUUGAGGGUUGAUUUCUCAAUGGUCACUCAAUUAGCAAUUACUAUAUCACAAAGUCACAGUUCUUCUUGAUUUCAAUUUUCUUCGACAAAAAAGGUGACUUUCUGAGAUAAUAACUAUUACUUGAGUAAUCGUAUGAGAAAUUAAUUCAAUUAAUCAACCAGCAAGGUGAAAAAGAUAUGAUGAGUAGUGGGUUUUAUGACGACUAUUUAGUUCCUUUGUUUUUAAGUUUUUGCAAAGAGCUUUUGGUUCCUGCUAGAACUUCUUUUAUUACCGUCGUCUUCUGUAAAAUUUGCAGUUGUUCUAGGCAGAUGGGCAUGCUGGACUGUAUAUGCUGCCAUGCAGAAACAGUAGUUGUGUGGUUUUUGUAUUUUGAUUGGUGUAUUUUAAGUCUGCGGUGUUUGAAUCAUAAUAUAAUGUUGCCAGUUUUAGUA